AUGGCCCUGAAGGACAUGGAGAACUUUGACAUGGAGACUCUGCACACUGGAAGCACAGACACCAGCAGCACACCUCAAACCACACUCACAGAGCUGACCACAUCAACGUUUUCAACUUCACCAAGUGGCUCAACUCCUGCACAGACAGUGUCCCAAGCGCUAUCAUCUCCAGAAGAAACUACGAACCUCUCCAACUCCAGUGCCUCCAACACCAAACCAACCAUAUCAGAGGUGUCAACGGCAGCUUUCUCUACAGAUUCCACCUCAGGAAAUACUGAGAACACAUCGGCACCUUCUUCCCAAAGUUCCGUACCUGUCAAUACUGAUGGCUUCAUGACGAAUUCACCAAAUGUCCUGUCAACAGUGACAUCACCUAUCACCACAACUGGGGAAUUGUCAACAUCUCAGAAUGACCUUCCUGGUAGCACAGAGACCAGCAGCACAGCUCAAACCAUAGUCACUGAGGUGACCACGUCAUCUCUCUCACCUUCCCCCAGUGGCUCAACUGCAGCAGAGAUGGUGUCCAAUGGGAUUUCCUCUCCAGAUGAAACAACUGUCUCCUCCGGAUCUACUGUCAUCAACACAAUCCCAACCACAUCAGAGGUGCCCACCACAGCACACUCUACAGGAUCUGCUCCUGGAAUAACAGCUCCAGACAUUAUCCAAAGCUCUUCAGGGACUGCCACAGAAGCCUCAGUUACAUCUUCACCACAGGAACUUUCAACAGUGUCAGUUCCCAUCACCUCUAGUCAGGAAUUGUCAGCAUCUUCUCACAGUGACCACACUGACAGCAUUGUGACCAGCAGCCCACCUCAAUAUCCCAUAACAGAGGUGUCCUCAUCAACUCAUUCAUCUUCCCCUAGGGGACCCACUGUGACACACGCAGAGUUCCAGAGAACUCCCACGGCUGGAGAAACAACUUCCCUCUCUGCUCACACUAUGAGAAGUUCACCUCCAAGUUUGCCCUCCACUGAAACCUCCUCAGUAGACGCAGGGUACACAAGUGCUGUAGUUACUCCAAGUUCUCCAUAUGCUGCCACACAGUUCUCAAUGACAUCCUCACCACAGGAACUGUCCACUGUGUCAACACCCAUCACUUCCACUCAGGAACUGACAACAUCUUCUCAGUCUCUGCACACUGGAAGCAUGGACACCAGCAGCACACCUCAAACCACACACACUGAAGUAACCACAUCCACGUUUUCAACUUCCCCAAAUGGCUCAACUCCUGCCCAGAUAGUGUCCCAACUGACAUCAUCUCCAGGGGAAACUGCCAGCUUGUCUUCUACUGUCAUCAACACAAGUUUAACGUCAUCAGUGGUGGCGACAGCAGCACUCUCUACAGACUCCAACUCAGGAAAUGCAGAAACCACAUCUCCAACACUUUCUCAAAGUUCCACACUGGUCAAUACUGAUGUCCCAAUGACAAAUUCACCAAAAGUCCUGUCUACUAUCACAACACCCAUCACCAUGACGCAGGAACUGACAACAUCUUCUCAGACUCUGCACACUGAAAGCAUGGGGAUCCGCAGCACACCUCAGACCACACUCACAGAGGUGUCCAUAUCAACUUUUUCAACCACCCCAAGUGGCUCAACUUCUGAACAGACAGUGUCUCAUGGGCCAUCAUCUCCUAAUGACACAAACAACCUAUCCACUUCCAGCAUUAUCCAUACAAAUGCAACCACGUCAGAGAUGCCAAUGGCAUCAGUAUCUACAGUAUCCAGCUCAGGAAAUACUGGAACCAAAUCUCCAAACGUUUCUCACAGUUCCACAUCUGUCAUGACCAACAUCUCAGUGACAAGCUCAGCAAAUGUCCUGUCAACGAUGACCACCCCCAUCACCUAUACUCAGGAAUAUUCACCAUCUUCUCAGAGCAUCCACAAUGGAAGCAUGGAGACCGGCAGCACACCUCACACCACCCUCACAGAGGUCACCCCAUCAUCUCUUUCCUUCUCCCCGAGUGUACCCACUCUGACCCAGACAGUUUCUUGGGGAACAUCCUCCUCCGGCAAAAUAACUACUCCAUCUGCGUCCAGCAGGAGUCACCCACCUCGAGCUACACCAGACAUAUCAACCUCUCCAGACUUCACCUCAGGAAACGCAGGGCCUACAUCUGCACACGUCACCAGAAGCCACAGUAUUGCCACAUCAAGAGUUCCAAGCACAACUCUAGCCGGACAACCAACAAUCCUAGCCCACAGCACCUCUAUGCAGCCGUCAUCUACAUAUUCUCAGAGUUACCGGACAAGCAGCAUGGCGUCCUCCAGCACAACUCAAACCAGCAUCCUCACAAAGCCGACCACAGAAAACCACUCAUCCUGUGCACCUGGACCCACUGCUACAGAUGCCCCUUCCCAUGGGACAUCUUCCUCAGGAAUGACCACAAGCUCCCCGAAGACAGACAGUGCCAGAGGCACAUCACCCUCUACUACUUCCUUGACCCUUACCACGCCCAGCACAACCACAACCUCCAGGUCAACAGUGCCCCCAAUACCCAUUUUACCAGAGCAGGGCAUUCCCCUCUUCCCCUACGGGACAAGCCCUGAAGUUGGAGACCACCGGUUGUUUGCCAGGACCGUGGAUUUUACCUCGCCCCUCUUCAAGAUCCAGAUUGGCUUCCCUCUCGGCUCCUCUCUUCGGGAUUCCUUCUACUUCACAGAUAAUGGCCAGAUCAUUUUUCCAGAGUCAGACUACAGCAUCUUCUCCUACCCCAACCCACCUCAAGGAGGCUUCACAGGAAUGGAAAAGGUGUCCAUGGUGGCCCCAUUCUGGGAUGAUGCUGACUUCUCUAGCUCCAGGGGAACCAUAUUCUACCAGGAAUACAACACACUUCAUGAUGAAAACAAUGAGCUCAUCCGGAAGGUGGAGUCUUUGAUUCGUGAGUUCGCAAGUGAUUGGAGCUACAAAGCCAAGUGGACAUUGAAAGUCACGUGGUUCAACGUUCCUGCCUAUCCUGCCCAGUGGAACUAUGGGACCAAUACCUACCAAGCCAUCCUCUCCACAGAUGGAAGCAGUUCCUACGCCCUGUUUCUCUACCAGAGUGGUGGGAUGCGCUGGGAUGUGACCCAGGGUCUGAGCAACAGAGUCAUCAUGGGCUUCUCCAGUGGAGAUGGGUAUUUUGAAAACAGCCCGCUGAUACUCCGGCCAGCAAUGGAGAAGUACCGUCCAGAUCGAUUCCUGAAUUCCAAAUUAGGCAUCAGGGGGCUGCAGCUCUACAGGCUACACAAGGAGGUGAAGCCCAACUACCGGCUCAAGUGUCUGUGGUGGCUGGAGAGCCAGCCUCGGUGGCCCGGCUGGAGCUGGGGCUGGAGCUGGGGCUGGAGCCAGCUUUCCUGCCCUUGCUCCUGGCAGCAGGGACGACGGGACUUGCGAUUCUGGCGCAUGAACACAGGUUGGCAGUACGGCAGUGACAGGCAACUGUGCAGCUUCUCCUCUGGGCGAGGGGGCGUGUGCUGCAGCUAUGGCCGCUGGGGAGAGUUUCGGGAAGGCUGGAGAAUGCACAGUCCUUGGCAGUUUGAGCAGGAGCGGGAGGCACAGAAGUGGUGCUGUCACUGGAAUGACAAGCCCUCCUUCUGUGCCCUUUACCACCGCGCCCGGCCCCGCCUUAGCUGUGCUACGUACAGACCCCCACGGCCAGCGUGGACAUAUGGCGAUCCCCACAUCACCACAUUGGAUAAUGUCACUUACACCUUCAACGGGCUGGGGGACUUUCUGCUGGUCCAGGCCCAGGACACAAAUUCCUCCUUCCGGCUGGAGGGCCGCACUGCCCAGACAGGCUCUGCCAAGGCCACUAACUUCAUUGCCUUUGCAGCUCAGUACAACACCAGCAGCCUGGCUUCCCCCAUCACAGUUCAGUGGUUCCUGGAACCCAGUGACACAAUCCGAGUUCUACACAAUAACCAGACCGUGACCUUUAACACCAGCUACACGGAUGAAGACUUGCCAAUGUUCAAUACCACUGGUGUCCUCCUGACCCGAAAUGGCUCCCAGGUUUCAGCCAGCUUCGACGGAUCAGUGACCAUCUCUGUGAUUGCUCUCUCCAACAUCCUCCAUGCCUCCUCCAGCCUCCCAGAGGAGUACCGCAACCACACGCAGGGACUCCUGGGAGUCUGGAAUGACAAUCUGGAAGAUGACUUCAGGAUGCCCAAUGGCUCCACCAUCCCUGCCCACAGCUCUGAGGAGACCAUUUUUCACUAUGGAAUGACAUGGCAAAUCAAUGGGACAGGUCUGCUUGGAGUGAGGACAGACUCUCUGCCUUCCAACUUCACCCCCGUCUUCUUGUCCCAACUGUUGAACACCUCAAAUGAAGACGUGACCUCUGGGUGCCAUGGAGACCCGCAGUGCAAGUUUGAUGCCCUGGCCACAGGAAACAUAACCAUCGGACGAAAUACCAACAUGAUCUUUGAAGCAUUCCAAUACGUGAAUGGCACUCUCAAUCAGUACCCACCCUCUAUCCACUGCCCCAGCGAGAUUCAAGCCUACAGGGAGCGAACGGAGAUCAUUAUGAUCACCAGCAACUCUAAGGAUGUCACAUUCAGCCUCACCAAUGAGUGUAGUGGCUUUAAACUCUCUGAUAACGGGAGUUUGCUGUGGACACCAGCACUUCCAGAAGCAUGUACCCUGGAGAUUCUAGCAAGGGACGCUAGGACUCAUUUGUCAUCCGUAUUCCAGCCCAGGACUGUGGCUUGCUUCUGCAGUAUGGAGAGCCAGUGUUUGUACAAUGAGACCCACAGGGAAGGCAAUUCUUCCCUUGAGGUGACCAGCUGUAAGUGCGAUGAGGACUCCUUUGGCCGCUUCUGUGAACGCUCCAAGAACCUCUGUGAGGUUCCAUGCUUCCCAAAGGUGACCUGCAUUCCUGGGAAGGGCUGUGGGCCCUGCCCUCCGAACAUGACUGGAGAUGGGCGGCAUUGUGCAGCUCUCGAAGACUCUCUAGUCUGCCAGAGCCAUUCCUGCCCUACAAAUUACUGCUAUAACCACGGCCACUGCUACAUCUCUGAGGCUCCAGGUUGUCAGCCCACUUGCACCUGCCCCCCAGCCUUCACUGAUACCCGCUGCUUCCUGGCUGGGAACGACUUCACUCCCACCAUCUCUAAAGAGCUUCCCUUGAGGACCAUCAUGCUCUCGCUCAGGGAAAAUGAAAACGCCUCCCAGGCUGACGUCAACGCCUCGGUGGCAUACAGGCUAGGGACCCUGGACGUGCGGGCUUUUCUUUGGAACAGCCAAGUGGAACUGAGGCGGAUCUCUCCCUCAGCACAGCCCUCUGACAAGUCAACUCAACACUGGUGGGUCGUCUCCCACUUCCAGUACCGUCCCAGGGGGCCUGUCAUCCAUUUCCUGAACCACCAGCUCAUAGACGCUGUGGUGGAGGUCUUCCUCCUCCAGGCUCGGAGUGGGCGGCCGAAAAGGAGCAACCCUGAAGCCAGGAGAAACGUCACCUUCUUCCCCAUCUCCAGGGAAGAUAUCCAGGAUGUGACGGCCCUGAACCUGAGUAUGCUGGACUAUUACUUCCUGUGUGAUGGCUACGAGGGCUACAAGCUGGUCUACAGCCCCCAGAAUGGUGUCACCUGUGUGUCCCCAUGUAGUGAGGGCUACUGUCACAAUGGAGGCCAAUGCCAGCAUCUACCAAACGGGCCUCAAUGCAGCUGUGCGUCCUUCACCAUCUAUACAUCCUGGGGUGAACACUGCGAGCACCUAAGUGUGAAACUUGGAGCCUUCUUCGGGAUCCUCUUCGGAGCCUUGGGAGCCCUCCUGCUGCUGGGGAUCCUGGCCUUUGCAGCCUUCCACUUCUGCAGCUCCUCCAUGUACAAGUUCUCCUACCCUUUGGCCUCAGAACUGUGA